UUCGUCGAUUAGCGGAAGCAACUUGGUCACAACAACAAGACGAAUUGAAACCAUUAAUACCACAAAUGAAAUAUCUGCCGCAAGGAAUUAUUGUUGAUCAUAAGUUAUUUUCAUUCGCAGAUUUUCUACUGCAAAUGGCACGAAUGUUUCAAUUGAUAUUCAUCAAGCAAAUCAAUUCCCGAAUCUUCACAAUAAUAAUGGUGACUUUAGUCUGUUUUAUUCACUCGAAUUUAUACGAUCAAAAUAUUAUCGAGCCAGAUACAUGCGUUUCCGCGAUUGACUUUACAAAGCAGGAAAAUAAUCAAACUUGUAAAGACAAAUUAGAGGAAACAUACAAAAUUGAAUUCUAUAAUUAUUAUCAAUGUAUGAUUAUUAUGUUGAUGGGUUAUACCAUUAGUAUUGUAAGCAGUUUAACAUUCGGUUCACUGAUAAAAGUAUUCAAAAAUGAACAUCGAAACGGUUGGCACAGUGCUGGCGUUUCUUAUUGGUCGGUGGUAAUUGUUCGAUUAAUCGAUUUUACAAUUCUUGCUCUACAUGCGACAGCAUUGAUAUAUUUCUUGAUCGACCAUACUUUUAUUGAUGAUGGUUAUUUCAAUUGGUAUCGAUUCGCCAAUUUUUUUCUUUUCGUGUGGAUGUUUUUCUUCUAUAUACAAUCUGUGGGUCAAUUAUUUAGCGUCGUAUUUUCUAAUAAUUUUGAAGUUGCUCUUGCAAUAGCUGGAAUUUCAUACGCACCACUUGAUUUUAAUAAUGGCUAUUUUUUUCCAUAUAAUUAUAUCUACAAUUCAUCAAGUAAAAUGAUAAGUGAUAUCGUCGGUACUAAAAUUAUAAGGAAUGGACUUAUAAAUGCAUUCUAUGGCAUUGAUCAAUGUGAGCCAAAUCAAAUAUCUUCAGUGUUGCUCGAUAACGAAAUCAACCAGGAAACUGUCUACACCGAUCUAUAUAAAAUUUUAAUCAAUUCAAUCGCUUUACGAAUAUUGACAUUGUUCUUAUUGAUGACGAAAUUUCAAAGCUGGAAAUUUCCGUCGAAGAAAUUAUCAAAAACAUCAAAUAUCACCGAAUUGAGUGAAAUCGAUUAUGAUAACUCGAAUAAUAAAUCAAUCCAAACUUUAAUUCAGUCAAAUGAACGAAUAAAAUUGGAAGAUGAAACAGAAUUUGAAAAAUUCUCCAAAAAUAAAAUCAUCAUCGCUUGGCGAUCAUUGAGUUUGUUCAAUUCUGGUUCAUAUUUAGAGCUUCGAUCUGCUUUGAAACUUGAAGAACCGAAGUACAUAUUGCGUAAUCUGAAUGGUCAAUUUCGUUUUGGAACAUUGAAUGCUCUGAUGGGAACGUCGGGAGCUGGAAAAACCUCUUUACUCAAAGUGUUGAACGGCAGGGACAAAACACGAUUGAGUAGUGAAACUAAAUUCUAUCUCAGCAAGUUCACGCCAUUGCGAACCUGUUACAUAACGCAAGAAAUUUCGUCUCAUUUGACUCCAGGUUUGACAGCCCAACAGAGUCUUAUCUACGCAAGCAAGCUGAAAAACCUUGGCGAAAGCAUCGAUCAUAAAAAUAAUGCUUUGUCAAUGUUGAAAGAACUAGAAAUUAUUGAUACGGCUGACACACUUGUUGACAAAUGUUCAGGUGGACAACGAAAACGAUUAGCAUUAGCUUUAGAACUGAUGUCGCUAAGAAUGCCCAAUUUCAUUUGCAUUGAUGAACCGACUAGCGGACUGGACUCGAACUCGGCCGAAGUGAUCAUCUCUUGUCUGCGAAAAAUGUCACAUAAACACAACAUCACUAUAGUGGCAGCUAUUCAUCAACCGAAUACUGAAAUGCUAAUGUUUUUCGAUCAGAUUUACAUUCUUUCCAGAGGUGGUGUUUGCAUCUUCUCUGGACCGCCAUCGCAAAUUAGUGAUCAUCUUCAUCAAGUUUCUACUGAUCACGACAAUAAUGAUGAAAAAUUUGCCGUCGAAGAAAUCAUGAAAUAUUCCAGUUUGAAUCAUUCAGAUCCUCAAAUUAAAACACUCUCCGAUUCUACAAAUCAAUCAACUAUAAGUAAUGAGUUGGAAGAUCAUUUAAUGACUGAUACUCAAUAUGUUUUAGAUGGUCCACAUGCUAAUCGUACUAGAUUUUCAUUAAGAUCUGUGGUAAUUUUGAUUCAACGGCAAUUCUAUUUUUAUAUUGGAAAUCUUAUGUCUCGAUUUUUCAUAUUGUGGUUCAUAUGUUUCAGCGUUGUAAAUGGUUUUAUAUUGAAAAAUUUGACUAAUCCUAAUAUGAUCUUUCUUAGUGGCUGUAUGAGUUUAGAUGAAGAUUUGAGCAACUGUAAUCGUUCUGAAGACGAGAGAACAAAUCUUUUACUCAAUUGUCAUUAUAUACAUCACUGUCAAGAUAGUUUGGGUAUAAUUGCUUGUAUCUUUUUUGUUGCAAUGUUUGUAUCACAACGGAAAUUAUUCAAAAUCGAACAUCGAAAUGGUUGGUACAGUUCCGGUGCAUUUUAUCUAUCAAAAGCAGUAUGUGAGAUGCUAAUUGCCUUGCCCGUUAUCGUAUUGUUUCCGAUUGCUGUCGACAUUUAUUAUCCAAUUAGAAGUUACGUAUGGUAUUAUAUGAUAAUGAUCAUUAUACUGCCAAUGAUUGCAUUUCAAGGUGUCAGCUAUGCGCUUUCCAUUUUGUUCGGAAGCAACCCAUUGAACCUCUACAUUUCAAUUCCAGCUUUAUUGUUGUUAUCAAUUAGUAGCAUAAUGACUCCACAUGGAAUAUCGCAUUAUGCAUUCAAAUUGAUUACGACUUUCAAUAUUUUCCGGUAUCAAAUAGAAGCUAUUUAUUUUUUAGUAUAUGGUUUCGGUCGAUGUGGUCAUAGAGAAAUACAAGUACUGUUGUAUAGAAUUGGUUUGACUCAUGAUGAACAAUUUUAUCACAGUAUCAUGAUGACAGCCAUCAAUGCUAUACUAUAUCAAACAAUUGCAUUAUCAUUGUUUUGUUUUUACCAUAAUCCAUUUCAAAAUCGACGUAAACGUAUUGAACGUAUUGAAUAUCGAAAUCAACGAAAAUUACCGUCAAAUGUAAUGAUACCUGGUCUUAGCUGUUCAAAUAAUUUUAUCAUUAGACAAAUUCAAGUUUAAUUUAAAUUUAUUCAU